AUGGCGAGCCCCCCGGAGACCGACGGCUUCUCGGACGUGCGCAAGGUGGGCUACCUGCGCAAACCCAAGAGCAUGCACAAGCGCUUCUUCGUGCUGCGGGCGGCCAGCGAGGCGGGGGGCCCCGCGCGCCUCGAGUACUACGAGAACGAGAAGAAGUGGCGGCACAAGUCGAGCGCCCCCAAACGCUCGAUCCCCCUGGAGAGCUGCUUCAACAUCAACAAGCGGGCCGACUCCAAGAACAAGCACCUGGUGGCCCUCUACACCCGGGACGAGCACUUUGCCAUCGCGGCCGACAGCGAGGCCGAGCAGGACAGCUGGUACCAGGCCCUCCUGCAGCUGCACAACCGGGCCAAGGGCCACCACGACGGUGGCGGCGGCGGUGGCGGCGGCGGCGCCGGGGUCCCCGGCGCGGGGGGAGUCGGCGGGAGCAGCUGCAGCGGCAGUUCGGGCCUCGGGGAGGCCGGCGAGGACUUGAGCUAUGGGGACGUGGCCCCGGGCCCCGCCUUCAAGGAGGUCUGGCAGGUGAUCCUGAAGCCCAAGGGCUUGGGGCAGACAAAGAACCUGAUUGGCAUCUACCGGCUGUGUCUGACCAGCAAGACCAUCAGCUUCGUGAAGCUCAACUCGGAGGCGGCGGCCGUGGUGCUGCAGCUGAUGAACAUCCGGCGCUGCGGCCACUCGGAGAACUUCUUCUUCAUCGAGGUGGGCCGCUCGGCGGUGACGGGUCCCGGGGAGUUCUGGAUGCAGGUGGAUGACUCGGUGGUGGCGCAGAGCAUGCACGAGACCAUCCUGGAGGCCAUGCGGGCCAUGAGCGACGAGUUCCGCCCGCGGAGCAAGAGCCAGUCGUCGUCCAACUGCUCCAACCCCAUCAGCGUCCCCCUGCGCCGCCACCACCUCAACAACCCGCCGCCCAGCCAGGUGGGCCUGACCCGCCGCUCGCGCACCGAGAGCAUCACCGCCACGUCCCCGGCCAGCCUGGUGGGCGGCAAGCAGGGCUCCUUCCGGGUGCGCGCCUCCAGCGACGGCGAGGGGACCAUGUCGCGGCCCGCCUCGGUGGACGGCAGCCCCGUGAGCCCCAGCACCAACCGGACCCACGCCCACCGGCACCGGGGCAGCUCCCGCCUGCACCCGCCGCUCAACCACAGCCGCUCCAUCCCCAUGCCGUCCUCCCGCUGCUCGCCCUCGGCCACCAGCCCCGUCAGCCUCUCGUCCAGCAGCACCAGCGGCCACGGCUCCACGUCCGACUGCCUGUUCCCGCGGCGCUCCAGUGCCUCGGUGUCCGGCUCGCCCAGCGAUGGGGGCUUCAUCUCCUCCGACGAGUACGGCUCGAGCCCCUGCGAUUUCCGGAGCUCCUUCCGCAGCGUCACCCCGGAUUCCCUGGGCCACACCCCGCCGGCGCGCGGGGAGGAGGAGCUGAGCAACUACAUCUGCAUGGGUGGCAAGGGGCCCUCGACGCUCGCCGCCCCCAACGGCCACUACAUCCUGCCCCGGGGCGGCAACGGCCACCGCUACGUCCCCGGCGGCACCGCCGCCUUGGGUCUGAGCCCGGCCCUGGCCGCCGAGGACUCGGCCACGGGCGACGUGGACAAUCGCUUCCGCAAGCGGACCCACUCGGCGGGCACCUCGCCCACCAUUUCCCACCAGAAGACCCCCUCGCAGUCGUCCGUGGCGUCCAUCGAGGAGUACACGGAGAUGAUGCCCGCCUACCCGCCAGGAGGGGGCAGCGGUGCCCGCCUGCCCAGCUACCGGCACUCGGCCUUCGUGCCCACCCACUCCUACCCCGAGGAGCCGCUGGAGAUGCACCCCCUGGAGCGCCGCGGGGGCCACGCGCGCCCAGACUCCGCCAACCUCCACACCGACGACGGCUACAUGCCCAUGUCCCCCGGCGUGGCCCCUUCGCCCAGCGGCCGCAAGGGGGGCAGCGGCAGUGGCAGCGGCGGCAGCGGCGGGGGCGGUGACUACAUGCCCAUGAGCCCCAAGAGCGUGUCGGCCCCGCAGCAGAUCAUCAACCCCAUCCGGCGCCACCCGCAGAGAGUGGACCCCAACGGCUACAUGAUGAUGUCCCCCAGCGGCAGCUGCUCCCCGGACAUCUCAGGGGGACCCGGGGGCGGUGGUGGCGGUGGCGGCAGCGGCGGGAGCGCCACCCCCUCGGGGGGCAGCUAUGGCAAGUUGUGGACGAACGGGGUCGGGGGUCACCCCUCCCCCACCCUGCCGCACCCCAAACUCCUGGUGGAGGGCAGCGGGGGCGGCGGCAAGCUGCUGUCCUGUGCCGGCGACUACAUGAACAUGUCCCCCGUGGGGGACUCCGCCACCAGCAGCCCCUCCGACUGCUACUACGUCCCCGAGGACCCCCAGCACAAGCCGGUCCUGUCGUACUGCUCGCUGCCCCGGUCCUUCAAGCACACGCCGCGCCCCGGGGAGCUGGAAGAGCCCGUCCGCCACCAGCACCUGCGCCUGUCGUCCAGCUCGGGCCGCCUGGUCUACGCCGCCACCGCGGCCGAGGACUCCUCGUCGUCCACCAGCAGCGACAGCCUGGGUGGCGGCUACUGCGCUGCGAGGCCCGAGCCGGGCCUGCCGCCCCUCCAUCACCAGGUCCUGCAGCCGCACCUGCCGCGCAAGGUGGACACGGCCGCGCAGACCCACAGCCGCCUGACGCGGCCCACGCGGCUGUCCCUGGGGGACCCCAAGGCCAGCACCCUGCCCCGGGCGCGCGAGCAGCAGCCGCUGCCGCCCCAGGCCCCGCUGCUGCACCCGCCCGAGCCCAAGAGCCCCGGGGAAUAUGUGAAUAUUGAAUUUGGGGGUGACCAGCCGGGCUACCUGUCCGGCCCCGUGGCCUCACGCAGCCCGCCUGCCGUGCGCUGCCCGGCCCUGCUGCAGCCGGCACCCCGAGAGGAGGAGUCGGGCGCCGCCGAGGGGUACAUGAACAUGGACUUGGGGCCCCGGCGGGCCGGCUGGCAGGACAGCGCCGGGCCUGCCCCUCUGGGCACGUCGGGCCUCUGCAGGCCCACCCGGGCGGUGCCCAGCGGCCGCGGGGACUACAUGACCAUGCAGAUGGCCUGUCCCCGGCCCAGCUACGUGGACACCUCGCCCGUGGCCCCCAUCAGCUACGCCGACAUGCGGACAGGGGUCGUGGUGGAGGCGGCGAGCCUCCCCGGGGCCACGGCGGACGCUCCAUCCUCAUCAGCUGCUGCCUCUACUUCCCCCACAGCACCUCCAGGAGCCGGGGAGCUGGCGGGCCGCGCCUCCCUGCUGGGCGCCCCCCAAGGCCCCGGAGCCCUGAGCGCCUUCACCCGGGUCAACCUCAGUCCCAGCCGCAACCAGAGUGCCAAAGUGAUCCGGGCCGACCCGCAGGGGUGCCGAAGGCGGCACAGCUCCGAGACCUUCUCCUCCACGCCAAGUGCCACCCGGGCGGGCAACACGGUGCCCUUCGGGGGGGCCCCUGCCGUCGGGGGCGGCGCCGGCGGCGGGGGCGGCGGCGGUGGCAGUAACAGCACCCAGGAGGUGAAGCGCCACAGCUCCGCUUCCUUCGAGAACGUGUGGCUGCGGCCUGGGGAGCUCGGGGGAGCCCCCAAGGAACCGGCCCAAGUGUGCGGGGCAGCCGGGGGCCUGGAAAACGGGCUUAACUACAUCGACCUGGAUCUGGUCAAGGAUUUCAAACAGAGGCCCCCGGAGCGCCCCCCUCAACCCCAGCCGCCCCCGACCCCGGCCUCGCACCAGUCUCUGGGCAGCAGCGAGAGCAGCCGCCGCUCCAGCGAGGAUUUAAGCGCCUACACCAGCAUCAGUUUCCAGAAGCGGCUAGAGGACCGCCAGUAGUCCGACUGGGCGUCACAGCAGAAUGAAGACCUAAAUGACCUCAGCAAACCCUCCUUUCACUCAUGGGUACCCAGACUCUAUUUCGUGAUUCACAACCAGGACCUCACAUCUUCCUCCUCAGUAGAUGGUACGCUGCAUCCAUUUCAGUUUGUUUACUUUCCACAAUCCUCAGGAGUUCCUUGACUGAACUGCACGUUCUAUAUUGUGCCAAGAAAAAAAACAAAGCACUGUGAUACCAGAACAAUGAGUCUGCUUUUACUUCAUCGUCAACCUUAAAGGGACUUAGCCGGCCACACGAACUUUUGUGUCCAGCACCACACCACGAGAGAAUGGGUUUACUCUCCUUGCGUUCACAAGAUCCAUUUCAUCUGCUGCUGAAACUGUAAACUGUGUUCGACAAAACAGCGUUGUAAAUUAUUUCAUACAAAAAAAAACUGCUCAUGAUGGGUGGAGAGAGUAUUAAAUAUUUAACAUAGGUUUUUGAUUUAUAUGUGUAAUUUUUUUAAAUUAAAAUGUAACUUUUUCUUACAGCACAUCUUUUGUUUUGGAUGUGGAACUGAGGUAUACAAUGGUCUGUUGUAAAGUGUGGAGCGAAUGCUUAAAACAAGGUUAAACAAACAGAGAAGAGUAGACUAGGGUACGAUCCUUGUUUUAAGAUUGUAAUUCAGAAAAAAAUAAUAUAAUAAGAAUCAUAGUGCCAUAGAUGGUUCUCAAUUGUAUAGUUAUAUUUGCUGAUACUAUCUCUUGUAAUAUAGCCCUGAUGUUGAGCUGAGAUCCUUACAAGAAUUAAUCUUAAUUUUGUAUUUUUCCUGUAAGGCGAUAGGCCAUGUUAAUGAAAUGGAAGAAGGAUAUAUUCUAAUGGGUAUUUUCAAGUGUCAGCUUAAAAUUGGCAAUUGAAUGGAAGCAAAAUUGCAAGAAAAGGAAAUCAAAGUCUUCCAUUGUAUAUACUGUAAAGAGGAGGAGUCUUGGGUGAACCCUUCAAAUCGAGAGCUCUCUUUGGAAUGAACAACGUGGGUGUUUGUAAAUUCUGGAAAUUUCUUUCUUUUCCUAAUAAACUAGAGACUGUUGAUCUUC